UCAAUCUUACAUGAGCCUUUUUGACUUACUCUGGAGAAGAAGACCUUUUAGACCUAGUCCAACUUGUUAGACUUUAAAGUUAACUACCCCCUAACAGCAAGAGUUUUUGGGUUAGUACUUACUUACCAUAAGAUAGCCACUCUCAUCCAUCCACCCACCCGGGUACGGUACGAGUGGUGGGGAAGGAUGUGGGGAGCGGCUCUGCCAGUGUUAUACUCGAGCACUCGUACGCGCACAGUUACCACUGGCAGUGUCAUGCUGCGGUCUUCGAGGAGUAUAAUAUGAGUGUGAAGACAGAGGGAUACAGUCAAGGGCUGGAGUUUCCAGUCUGAAGUUGACUUUAUGGUACAGUAUUUGGAUCAUAACUGAUCCUGUCGUAACGUAACUCUAGAACACCGCACCAGCGUAGAAUCACAUCCCUACCGAUACUAGUAACAUCAUUUGUGCAGUACAGUACCGAAACUCGCAGCUGACUGCCCUUUUCCUUUUUUCACGUCUCCCCCGUUUCAAACCCCUUGGAGCCCUUUCUUCCGCCUCAUUCGCCCUUCGUCGUCUUCAUGGCUCGACCUUAGAGAGGACCCUCAAUCUUUCCUCUUAGCCUCACUCCCCUGAUACGGUACCGGCAGUCUGCUUCGAGUACAGUACUAGCGACUGGCUCCCGUUGUCUGACUACUCUCCCUGCAGCUUCUUGGGGGCUAAUAGCGAUAACAAUAAAAAUAGUACAAAAACAGCUAGAGGUGGAAUAUACCGUAUCAGAAAGUGAUACGAAAUCAUUUUUUCCGCAGCCUCUCUUCCUGUCUUUGUUCUUUUCUUUUUUCUUUUUUCUUUUCCCUUCGCCUCGCUGGGACGACGACAAAACUUUGGAUUCCCUCCCUUCUUCACCGCUUUAUCAUACGACAAAGGGCCCUGCCUCGUCGUCCUCCCAAUUAACUGCAUCCUGUUGUUACCACCGGUUCUCAAUUCGGUAGCGAGUCAGGAAACUCAUCCUCUUCCCUCCUUCAUAAGCCUCGCGUCGACGGCAGCUUAUUUCACUCCAAUUAAUCCGCAUCCGAGCAAGCACAACCAAUCCUCCAACAAUCCACCUCGGAAUGCCUUUCCUGCAAUGCGAGCCACCUUAUUGGAGAGGUGACGAUUUCACCCCCUGUGUUGGGAGAGAGUGAGUGGAAUUUUAUUCUGCUUUGCAAUGGAAUGUUUGUUUUCGUGAAUGGCUGACUAGCUCUCUUCCGCUGAUUUUUGCGCAUGGGCAAACAGUUUCAUCCAAUUCCUAUUGCCCUUAAUAUUGGUCGGGAUUUCUCUCCUCUGGCUCUUGUCCUCCGUAGUGUCUAAGAAAGUUGAAUUCUGGCGCUCGAACAAGUACCGCCCGCUCCCGAUUUAUGACAACGCCUUUGGAGUGUCUACGGAUAAUGGAGACCGCGGUGAAGAUACGGAUGAAGAUGAUGACGAGUUUGCUGAGCACUUGAGUUUGAGGCAUACGAUUAGCAGAGCUACUGGGCAUGAAUUCAGGAUCGAUAGACCUCAUGGGGAGAUUGCGCUCGUUAUUUGCGAGGAAUUGGCAAUUUUGGGGCUGCUGGGCAUAUCCGUCGCCGAUACCGCAAUGAACAUGGAAGCUGUCGUGCAUGUCGAAGGAUUGCUUUUUAUAGCGAGUUUGGUUACUUGGGUUGGUCUAGAUACUUUCCAAGUGCUGCGGAAAUGCCGAUGCUAAUGGAAAUAGACUUACAUCUUCGUCCUCGCCACUCUCCGACUCGUUUUCUCGGGAUCCUUAUCCUAUGACUUGCCUCCCCUAUGGUACCACACGUCGUUUCUCUAUAUGUUUAACUUCCUCCUGGCAGCUGUGCCUUUCCGCUCUGCCUUGAUUCACCCGGAAUCUACCAUUUCGCAGGCAUUAAUCAUAACUCGCUUCGUCUUGGUCUCUGUUCUGUGUAUCAUAGCUGUGACUAGCCGUGCCGGGAAUAAGGCGGUUACUCAGGACAUUAUGGAUGGGCUUGAACCUUCCAGGGAGCCGCUGGCCUCCCUCUUCUCCCUGGCAAGUUUUAGUUGGGUGGACCCUCUGAUUUGGGAGGGCUAUUGGAAACCAUUUGAGCUGUCCAACGUCUGGAAUCUCCGGAAUGAUGAUAUCGCUGUUGUAGUUUUGUCAACCUAUCGCCAAACCAAGUAUGUGGCAUCACUCGCGAAGUGGUACGGGUUUGAAUGCUGAUUGUUUUGGUAGAAAGGCGCAUACACUGGCUUGGACGUUGGCGAAACAUUUCAAGCGCGAACUUGCGGUACAGGCUGCUUGGGCGGUUUUCUAUUCGAUGUUUACUUUUGCGCCUACGUUGCUGCUGCGAAUCAUCUUGCAGUAUGUCAAAUCGCCGGAGGAUACCCCAAAGAAUGUUGCGUGGUUGUUUGUGGUAUUGCUCUUCGUUACAGCCAUCCUCCAGGCAAUUGGUAGCGGCCAAGCUCUCUACAUCGGUAGGAGGAUAUGUAUCCGUCUGCAUUCUGUGAUUGUUGGUGAGAUUUAUGCAAAAACUCUCAGAAGGAGGGCAGCGGCCGGGGCAGACCGUGCAUUAGGACCGAAAGGCAAGGACGACAGAAAGAAAGACAGUGAAGGCAAGACGGUAGUGACGGAAGACAAUGGAGAGCAGGCAAACGCUGGUGCGAUCAUUAAUCUGAUGUCUGUUGAUUCAUUCAAAGUGGCAGAAGUUUGCGCCUACCUACACUUCCUGGUAUGUGGCUUCAGGUUCGUGAGACCGAAGUGUAUACUAAUCAAAUUAGGUUGCGGGUGUUCCGGUACAAGUGGUAAUAGCUGUAGUUCUUCUAUACCAGAUUCUCGGUUGGAGUUCAAUUGCGGGAAUAGUUGUUAUGCUUUUCCUCCUUCCUAUUAACUAUUUCAUGUCUAGUCGAUUUAGUAAAAUUCAGAAGAAGAUCAUGGCGGCUACCGAUGGGCGAAUUCAUGCCACGAACGAAGUCCUUCAGAAUAUUAGGAUUAUCAAAUUUUUCGCAUGGGAAGCGCGGUUUGCUCAUGUUGUGGAUAAAUCUAGGUCCACCGAGCUUGUGCAGCUAAGGAAUAGAUACAUAUUGUGGGCUGUGGCUGCUACUUCCUGGUACGGGUCUCCGAUUGUUAUCACUUUCCUCAGUUUCUUCUGUUACACGGUUAUCGAGGGGAAAACACUCGACUCCCCGGUUGCGUUCACGGCCUUGUCCUUGUUCAAUGUCCUUCGGGUCCCGCUUGACCAGCUUGCAGAUAUGAUCACCAACGUUCUGCAGACUAAGGUCUCCAUCGACCGUGUGGAGGAAUACUUGUCGGAGGAGGAGACGGAGAAGUACCAUCAAUUGAAGCAGCCGGACGAGGUGGAUCCGAACGCUCCUUUGAUUGGGUUCAAGGAUGCUACUUUUUCAUGGGGCAAUAAAAAACAGAUCAAAAAUAAGGGAAUGGGAUCGGCUUUCCAAUUGCAGGAUUUGGAUAUUGAAUUUUCUCCAGGAUAUCUGAACGUUAUCGCUGGGCCAACAGGAUCUGGGAAAACGUCCUUGCUGAUGGCAUUGCUUGGUGAAAUGACACAUAUCAAGGGAAGGUAGGUGCUUUCCAAGCUGGGGACUUGGAAAUAUAAAUUGCUUACCUGGCUAGUGUAUAUCUCCCGGGAGCUCACAGUAGAGAAGAUUUGAUCCCGGACCCGGUUGCGGGAUUGACCGAAUCCGUAGCGUACUGCGCGCAGCAAGCGUGAGUUUCGACAUUGGUAUGAGUUGGUCGUUAUUGAUUUUCUGAUAAUUCGGUAGGUGGUUGGUCAACGACUCAAUCAAGAACAAUAUUUUGUUUGCUAGCCCAUAUGACGAGGAGAGGUAUCAUGCCGUACUAAUAGCGUGUUCUUUGGAGCACGAUCUGCAAAUCUUGGACCAUGGCGAUGAGACCGAGGUUGGCGAGAAGGGGAUAACGCUGUCAGGAGGCCAAAAGCAGAGGAUAUCGCUUGCUAGAGCAUUAUACUCGAGCUCCCGUCAUAUCCUACUUGACGACUGUCUAAGCGUACGCGCAUAAGACUCCUGACCCUUCGGAUAUUUGCUAAGCUAGUUUUAGGCUGUUGACUCCCACACGUCGAAAUGGAUCUAUGACUAUUGUAUCAUGGGUCCUCUAAUGGCAGGCAGAACUUGUGUCCUGGUUACCCAUAAUGUUGCCCUCUGUGUCCCUGAGGCUAAGCAUGUAGUUGUGCUCGAUAAUGGCCGAGUAAUAAUGCAAGGCAGCCCGGAUACCGUUGUUGCGUCUGGAGCCCUUGGAAAUGACGAACUUCUCAAGUCAGGGAUUAGAUCCAAACCCCAAUCACAAAUGCCUUCUCGCGUACCCUCUUUUAUUGGCGAAGCGCCAAUGAAUGGAGGAACCCAAAUGUCCAGCCUCGCAAAGCCAAGCGCUGAUGAUGGCGGCGAGCCUGCUGCCAAGGGGAAGGGCAAGGCUUCAGGGGAAGAGACAAAGGCUCUUGGUAGUGUUGAUUGGAGAGUUUAUUAUUUGUACCUUAGGUCCAUGGGCCCGUGGUGGUUCUGGAUCAUUGUCGUAAUUAUCUUUUUGGCCCAACAAAUUGGCUCUAUCGGGACAGCGGUCUGGAUUCGACAAUGGGCUCUCAGAUAUGAGUCUAUCGGAUCUUCUGGGUUGAUCGUUAGCGCCCGCAACGCACCUGUUUCUUCUAUCGGAUAUUUUGGAAGUUGUUUAUCUUCUGGGUCUUGCAUUUGGCCACUCUCCUACAACUCCUCGCCGGAGUCUGUCACUAUUGCCGACAAUACCGGUGACAUCGACCUGGUCUAUUAUUUGGGGAUCUACGCGCUUAUAGGUUUCGCAUACACGUUGGUUUCGUUCUUCCGGGAGGCUGCUGUUUUUUAUGGUAGCUUGGUUGCCUCAAAGAAUAUUCACAACCAACUAUUGUUUAGCGUAAUGAGGGCCAAGUUUCGAUUCUUUGAUUCGACACCACUUGGGCGGGUUAUCAAUAGGUUCUCUAAAGAUAUGGAAGCAAUUGACCAAGAAGUUGCACCUGUUGCUUUAGGCAUGAUUCAUUCUUUGGCAUCGGUGAUCGGCAUUACUAUCCUAAUCUCGUUCAUCACACCUGGCUUCCUUGGUCCCGCAGUAGUAAUCGCUUUGCUCUACUGGUUGAUUGGUUCGUUUUACCUGAGAGCUUCAAGAGAUUUGAAACGAUUGGAGUCGAUCCAGAGAAGCCCUCUCUAUCAACACUUUGGUGAAACUUUAAGUGGAAUUUCUACCAUCCGAGCUUAUGGUGAUGAGAGACGAUUUGUUAGGGAUAACCUUUCAAAAAUAGACAAUCACCAUCGCCCUUUCUUCUACCUCUGGGCUUGCAAUCGCUGGCUUAGCUUUAGGGUUGAUGUUGCCGGGGCAUUGGUCUCGUUUUCUGCCGGAGCUUUUGUGGUUCUCAGCGUUGGCAAAAUUGACGCAGGGUUAGCUGGGCUUUCAUUAACGUACGCUGUCACCUUUACCGAUAACAUACUGUGGCUUGUGCGACUUUAUGCGGUGAAUGAGCAAAAUAUGAACUCGUACGUAUUUUAAGGGCCGCUUUAUUUAGCGAUGCUGACCACUACUUUUUUAGAGUCGAGCGCGUCCGCGAAUAUCUUGAGGUUGACCAAGAAGCUGCUGAUAUCAUCCCUGACAAUAGGCCAACAAGCACUUGGCCCGAGAAGGGUGGUGUAGCUUUUGAAAACUAUUCAACCCGCUAUCGCCCUGGUUUGGAUUUGGUCCUGAAGAAUGUCACUUUCAGUAUCAAGCCGCUUGAAAAGGUAGGUAUUGUGGGAAGGACUGGUGCUGGAAAGAGUUCAUUAGCACUUGCAUUAUUCAGGAGUUUGGAGGCGGAAACAGGCAGGAUCGUGAUUGAUGGCAUCGAUAUAUCUACGAUUGGACUGCGGGAUCUCAGACAGUCCAUCACCAUGGUGCCUCAGGAUCCUACUCUCUUCACUGGGACAAUCAGGAGUAACCUGGAUCCUUUCGAUAUCUAUACCGAUAAGGAGAUAUUCGGAGCUUUGAAACGUGUGCAAUUGAUCAAUGAGGAGCCGGAAGCAGCUGCCCCGGUCGCCGGAGAUGAUUCUACCCUUAAUAAGAAUGUAUUUCUUGAUUUGCAGAGCCCUGUUGCUGAAUCUGGUAACAAUCUUUCCCAAGGCCAAAAGUAGGACAUUCCCUCCAAACUUUACACUUAUCAAGCCGCUGACCGUGUCAUUUUAGGCAACUGCUCUGCCUCGCGAGAGCGCUCCUUAAGAAUCCAGUAGUGCUGCUGAUGGACGAAGCUACGGCCUCAAUAGACUACUCAACUGAUACCAAAAUCCAAGCAACAAUCCGUGAACUAAAGUCCACAACCAUCACUAUCGCUCAUCGCCUCAAUUCGAUCAUAUUCUACGACAAGGUCCUCGUCCUGGAUCAAGGAAGAGUCAAAGAAUUCGACCACCCCUACAACCUCCUGCAAAGGAAAGACAGCAUCUUCCGCGAGAUGUGUGAGUCGAGCGGGGAACUGGGUGCUCUAGAAGAGAUGGCCAAGAGAACCUUCAUGGGAACCGGAACUCUUAUCGAAACGGUAGAAGGUGACGAUAGUAACGGCACUGAUCCCAACAACGUGGUAAUGUAGGAGGAUUGGGCGAAAACAACAAAACAAGACAAAACACAAACCUUUUCACUAGCAUCACCAAUACCAUCAUUAGCAUUUGCCUCUGGUUGCAUUUGAUUAGUAUUAGUAUUUUUUCUUCUUUUCUUUUAUUAAAUUGUCAAUGUUCAUCGGUGUGGUCAAAAGCGGCUUUUCUUCCGUUGGUUCUUGUACUUUUUCUUCCUUUCCUUGUUUCCUCGUUCCCUUGUUCUUGGUUUUAGUUUUCGCUUCAGAUAUUUCCCUCUCUCCUUUGUUGGCGUUGUCUGCUUAGGGUUAGAUAAAUAAAUCGAUUCUUUAGGGAGAAGCUUGUUGUCGGGGACGGUGAACGUUGUUUGGUGCAUGGUAUGUGUAGUUUCGAAUCGUCCGCUUUUUUUUUUUUACUUUAGUCUUUGCACUGAUAUUAUAUUCCCAGCUUGAUUUUUUUAAUUGAUUGAUUGAAUGAUCGAUUGAUGGUGGGUAUGAGAUAGAGAUUGUGCAUUUAUUAAAUUUUUAUUUUAUUUUAUUUUUUGCGCAAAAUUGUCGAACCACGCAUGCUGUGCUGGGGUGUUGAUUUACAUUGUGUCAUUUAUGGCUUUUGCAGUGCUUUUUUUUUGAGGGUUUAGUCUUGCUAUCAAUCUUGUAAAAAUACUAAGUUUUACAGUUCUAGGUUUGUGUGAUUC